AUGGAUUCAGCGGGAUCUGAUCCACUCCGCUCGGCUCUCGUGCAGCAGGGAGUUUUGUUAGGACAGCAUGCCACCCAGCUCAACACCACCGCGCAGGAUGUGGACGCUCUCAGUGCCCGAGUCUCCGAGCUCCUCACACGGGUGGACGACCUUCAGCGAGAGGCAACAAACCGGGGGUCCGUUCUUCACACCGGUAUGGCCCACGAGUCCGAACCUCAUGCCAACAAUCCGCCGGUCUAUGAUGGCGAUCCUAACGCCUGUCAAGCGUUUCUCUCCCAGUGCUCGCUGGUGUUUUCUCUGCAGCCCCGGCGUUACGCAAAUGAGGAAGCCAAGUCAGUAAGGCCCGGGCCACCUCGCUACCCCCGCAUCGCCCCUACGACUGUGCCAUUGAUCUUCUCCCGGGCGCUUCUCCGCCUAAGGGUCGGUUAUACUCCCUUUCGGGUCCUGAGAGAGAGGCCAUGGACAAGUAUAUACGGAGCUCGGGUCUUCACCAAGUUAGACCUGCGCAACGCCUACCACUUGGUGCGCAUUCGGGAGGGGGAUGAGUGGAAGACGGCAUUUAACACCCCUUCGGGACACUACGAGUACUUGGUUCUUCCGUUUGGUCUUACCAAUGCUCCAGCCGUUUUCCAGGGACUCGUCAAUAGCGUGUUGGGUGACAUGAUCAAUCAAUUUGUCUUCGCGUAUUUGGAUGAUAUCUUGAUUUUCUCCUCUUCUCUCCAAUUACACACCCAGCAUGUCAGACGGGUUCUCCAGCGGUUGUUAGAGAAUCAGUUGUUUGUCAAGGCGGAGAAGUGCGAAUUCCACGCUGAGUCUGUUACGUUCCUUGGCCACAUUAUUUCUACGGAGGGGAUCAAGCCAGAUCCCGCUAAGAUUGAAGCUGUUGCCCAGUGGCCGGUUCCUGACUCCCGGAAGGCUCUGCAGCGAUUCCUGGGUUUCGCCAACUUCUACCGGCGAUUCAUCAGAAAUUUUGGUCAGAUUGCUGCACCGCUCACAGCCCUAACUUCAACUAAGGUGUCCUUCAGAUGGAACCGGGAAGCGCAGGUAGCCUUUGACAUUUUAAAGUCCCGUUUUGUCUCUGCACCUGUUCUGUUGGUUCCAGAUCCUGAGGCCCAGUUCAUUGUUGAGGUUGAUGCUUCGGACGUCGGGGUUGGCGCAGUUCUAUCUCAGCGUUCCCUCCACGAUGGGAAGCUCCACCCUUGUGCAUUCUUCUCUCGUCGUCUCAGCCCUGCAGAACGUAACUAUGACAUCGGCAAUAGAGAACUGUUGGCGGUACGAUUGGCUUUGGGUGAGUGGCGUCACUGGUUGGAGGGGUCAGUGCAGCCCUUCUUGGUCUGGACGGAUCACAAGAACCUGGAAUACAUCCGUUCAGCCAAGAGGCUGAGCUCGCGCCAGGCCCGUUGGGCACUCUUCUUUGCCAGGUUCAACUUCACCCUCUCGUACCGGCCGGGAUCUAAGAACACCAAACCCGAUGCCCUCUCUCGUCUGUUCGGUGCUCCGGGGGGGAGGUUGCGGCCGAGGCCAUCCUUCCUGAGGGGGUGGUGGUCGGGGCUCUUUCAUGGGGUAUCGAGCAGCGAGUUGAGGAGGCCGGUCGAGGGGUGCAAGUGCCAGGGGAGUGUCCGGCGGGCAGGUUGCCGGUGCCGGCUGCGCUGCGCUCUGAGGUCCUUGAGUGGGGUCACUCAUCCUCCUGAUGGUCUGCUAAACCCUCUCCCUAUCCCUUCCCGCCCUUGGUCACACAUUGCCCUUGAUUUCGUCUCAGGGCUUCCUCCGUCGAAGGGUAACACUGUUGUUCUCACAGUGGUGGAUCGCUUUUCCAAAGCGGUUCACUUCAUCCCCCUGCCCAAGCUGCCCUCCGCCCGGGAGACCGCCCAACUGGUGGUGGACCACGUCUUCCGUCUCCAUGGGUUUCCGGUGGAUGUGGUUUCUGAUAGGGGUCCCCAGUUUGUCUCCCGGUUCUGGAGGGAAUUUUGUAGACAGAUUGGGGCCUCUGCUAGUCUGUCUUCAGGGUUUCAUCCCCAGACCAAUGGGCAGUGUGAGCGGGCCAACCAGGAUCUAGGAAGAAUGCUCCGCUGUCUAGCGUCCAACAAUCCGAGUUCCUGGUGCAAGCAGCUCUCCUGGGCAGAGUACGCUCAUAACACGCUUCCGGUGGCCGCGUCAGGUAUGUCCCCCUUUGAGUGUUCUGUUGGUUAUAACCCACCUCUGUUCCCGUCACAGGAACCCGACGCAGCGGUUCCAUCCGCCCUGGCUUUCGUCCAGCGCUGCCGUCGCACCUGGGAGAAAGUCAGGAGGAUUCUGGUCCAAGCCUCUGGCCGAACCAAGACCGCAGCUGAUCGUCGCCGGUCCUCUCCUCCUGCCUAUGUGUGUGGUCAGCGGGUUUGGCUUUCUACCAAGGAUCUGCCUCUCCGGGCGCCUUCUCGUAAGCUGGCACCCAGAUUCAUUGGGCCAUUCCGCAUCACCAAGGUGGUGAUUUUAGAGCAGCUCAGCCGCUCAGAGGUCUCCCUUGAGUUGCCUCGAGCAUUUUGUAUUAAAGACCCUUGGCUAAAUUCCCAGUUAUGA